AUCCACUCUGAAUGGACCUUUACAGUUACCUGCCACUCACUUGAACUCAGACUCUGCAGGAUGAGGAACCAAUGCAUGGAGUAAAACCUUUCAACAAAGUCCAGCCUGAGAAACAACUUCAUGAUGUAUCUGGAAAACUCUGAGAAAAGUAAAGUCUCUGGAGAAGGGGAGCCGUCCACUGAAGUCAUGCUUGCUGAACAAUGCCAGCUUCUUCCUAAGACAGAAGCUGCAGAUUUAACCAGCUCUUCAAAGGGAAGUGCUGAACUUGACAUGGAAGUCCUUGUGGAAUAUACAGAUCAGACUGUUGUCAGUGGAGAAAUGGACCCUUCCUGCACAUUUUGCAAUGAACACUCUGAGUACUUUGAGCAAUACUCGGCAAGUGAUGGAUUUUCAGACUCCGACAACAUCGUUGAUAAGUGUGAGACUUCUGGGUUAAGCCAACCAUUCGAUGAAUGUGCUCAACACCGUGAGUGUUUUAAACCUUGCAAGUCCCCUGAGCACUGUGCUAAUCAUAGCUUAGCUUCCAAAUGUAGUCCUUGCUGCGAACAUUGUGCAGAACACCUCCAAUUAUUUCAGCAAUGUAAACCCUCUGAUCAGCAGCUUGACUUUGAUUCAGACGACUUGGCAGUGAAGUGCGACGGUUUUGGGCAGUGUGAGAUGUCCGAUUUCAUACCUGAGUGCACAGACAACCUCGAGCUGCUUCAACAAUACGAGCUUCCCGAUCAGCAGCCCGAGUGCUUUGACUCUGAGCCAGACGCAUCAACAGAGGACUCUGAGCAAUGUGACAUGACUCCUUUCACACCCAACAUCUCUGAUUCAGAGGACUUAUUGGACUGUGGCACCGAACUUUGUGACGAAAAUCUAAAUCAAACUGAAGAUGAAGAUGACAAGAGCUAUCCAUCUGAGCAAGAAGACGAAAAUGAAACGGAGCUGAUUGAUGAGGAGUCUGGAUUAUCAGAGGAUGUAAAUUCCUCAAGAUUUGGCGCACCGGUUCACGUUUAUUUUGACGAUAGUGACGAUGUUUUCUUUGGAAGUGAAUGUCGUGAGACACACCAGCAUGCUGACAUGUCCACAGAUCACUGCAAAAUGUGUGAAGAUGACUACUGCGAUGACUCUCAACAGCAAGACUCAGACAAGACCUCAGAGUUUUGCCCUGAAGAAGACGGAGCCUCUGAUUGCUCUUCUGUGGAAACCAAGUCCUUCAAGACGUGUCCUGAUGGCAGUCUUCCUUCACUCCCCUGCUCUGAUUCAUCAGGGGAGUCAGAAAAAGAAACUCAGGAGGAUUCAAGUGAUGAGCAGACGCAGUGGGAAUCUUUUGAAGACGAAGAAGAAAUGGAGCAAAGCAAUAUUAACGAAACUAAUGAGGACAAAAAGAAGAAAUCUGCUGUUGAUUUCGUCAUUGAGGAUUACUUCGAUUUGUUUGACCGAUCCGACUAUUAUGGACAUGCAUAUGCACAAAAACAGCGUUACAUCUCGUGCUUCGACGGGGGGGAUAUCGACGUCCAUCUUCAUCUAGACGAAGUUCAUUCUACACUUACCAAAAAUGCGAUCAAAUGUAAAGAAGACAAUGAGGAAAUUAAGGUACAGGAAACUGAAGCGUGUUUCGAUGCCCCUGAAGAUAUUCAUAACGAGGAAGAUGCAAGUCCAAGAGAUGAUAUCUCUACUGGGUCGGGUGAGUCAGAGAGACGACCUGAAGACUGGACAGUAGAAUCAGAAUCAAGUUUAGCAGAGGAUGAAAUUGAAGAAUAUGAAUCAGAAGAACUUCAUUCAGAGAACUGUGAGGAAGCAGAGGACAGUGAGGACACUUGUGCGUUUGACAACCGUUUUUCUAAAGUCUGUGAUGAAGAAGAUGUGGAGGUCUGCCUGCCCUCUGGCAACAGGGAGAAUAUGUGUGCGCCAUGUGCGGACGACAUUUCUGUCGAAGGUGAUGCUUACGAAGAUGAACUCUCCGAUGCCCAGAAUAAUGAAUCUCUUGGCGAUGAGACCUGUACCAUAACAUCUGUUUUUGAUGACAACAAGGAGGAUAAGUCUGAAGACAAAGAGUUUAUUGACUGUUCAGAAAUGGAGCCAUAUUGGUCACUUGUAGAUCAAGAGGAGGAUGAAGAGCUGUGUGAGCCAGGUGUCGAGGAAUACUACGCAUAUCAGAUGAAAAGCGUUCAGUCGUCGUGUGAUGAACAAGCCCUGAGUGGAUCAUACGAUCAGAUAAUCUGUGGAAAAGCCGAUAGGAACGAUUCAGGAAUUGAAAAAGAAGUUGAGGAGACCGACUCACAGAGUCCAGAGGAAUGCAAAACAGACAGAUUUGAAAUCACUGAAGUUAUUCAGUUGAGUGACAGUUUAGCUGACUGCUCUUCUGAUGUUGAAAAAACAACCAGCCAAGAAGCUCCAGAAUCGGACGACGACAGUGGAUUCAGUGAAAUUUCAAGAGACUCAAAACCUCCUUUGGACAUUAUUCACAGUGUUGCCUCCGAAGAAAGCGGCGAUUCAGAAGAGGAGCCGAGUGACGAUGAAUCCUCUGAGCCUUGUGAAUGCGAUUACUGCAUUCCCUCAAUAGAGCAGGUUCCAGCCAAACCGCUGCUCCCACGGAUGAAAUCAAACGAUGCGGGGAAGAUCUGUGUCGUCAUCGAUUUGGAUGAAACCCUAGUGCAUAGUUCAUUUAAGCCAGUGAACAAUGCUGAUUUUAUCAUUCCAGUGGAGAUUGAUGGAACAGUUCACCAGGUGUAUGUGUUAAAGAGACCCCACGUUGAUGAAUUCCUCAAGAGGAUGGGAGAAUUGUUCGAGUGUGUUUUGUUCACGGCCAGCUUAUCCAAGUACGCAGACCCUGUAUCGGACCUGUUGGACAAAUGGGGCGCCUUCAGGAGCCGCCUCUUCCGGGAGUCAUGUGUCUUUCACAAAGGGAACUACGUAAAAGACCUGAGCCGCUUAGGAAGAGACCUGAACAAGGUCAUCAUCAUCGACAACUCCCCGGCCUCCUACAUCUUCCAUCCCGACAACGCAGUUCCUGUAGCGUCCUGGUUUGAUGACAUGUCAGACACCGAGCUCCUCGAUCUUAUCCCCUUCUUUGAGAGACUAAGCAAAUCAGAUGACAUCUAUGAUUUUCUCACGCAACAGAGGACUUCAAGUUAACAGAGGCAGGACAUUAGGAGGGAACUAAUCACCAGCAGCUGUUGUCACGGGGCCACGGAGGCUGGUGGGCCGCAAGCUCCACGCUGCUUCCAACUACAAGGACCACACUGCAAAAAAUGCCUGUCAUUAAGUCUCGUAUUCUUACGGCUUUUCGCAUAAAAAAGAAAUCCACUCGGUAAAGACUGAAUAUGAGAUUCAAUGACUUCUGUAGAUAUCUUUUGCAGUGCAGCUAGUAUGUUGUUGUUGUCGUUAUGUGACAGCAGUGACCUUUGUAAGUGUGCUGUAAACCUAGAUCGUGUGAACAGUUGUUCCGUGCCAUUUUACAAAUGAACCACAUCAAUCAUUUCAUGUCAGUGCAGCGUAGCAUUCGUAAUAGUAUUUAAAGCUCUCACACAUAUUAUAACAACUCAUUGAUGUCUGUCCUUUAAAUCCCAUUAACUUACUUUCUUUGUUGCCUAACCUUUUGGCCAAAUGUGUUUGUAGUAAAAAGACAGUCAUUAACUUCAAUUUUGGUUUAAUAGAUUAAUAAUUAAAACACAAUGUGACACAUUUCACUCCAAAAGAAAACAUGUUUUUCAUGUGUUCCAAAUACUGUGCACUUACUGCCAAAACACAAUAUAGAGAUAAUUUAUUGUUUCAGAUUUUUCAUUCAGAUUGAAACGAAACUGAACAGAAAUCAAAGGAAACCAUAUCCAGCAGUCAGUUGCCAUUGUUUUUAGUCUUUAUUCACUACAUUACAGAUGAUCGAGAAGGUUUCAUCACUAAUAUCACUGGAAUCUGUAUCUGUAAUCUGUAAUAACCCUUUUUUAUGUCAUCUUAUGCACAGUUCAGUCACAAGAAACCAACCUUGACUAAGUAGGGGUGUCACAAGUUCAAUCCUUAAAAUCCUGAAAAUUGGUCGAAAUGAGCAUCAGAUACGGAAAUCAAAAACAAGAAAGGCAAUUCUCUCUGUAUUUUUUUCCUCCUCCUGUGCCUACUUACUUUCAUGUGGCAGCCGUGGUUGUAGAGUAACCUUCUGCCACCUAGUGACUCGUACUUUUGUUUUUGUGUUGAACACUAACCCAGUUGAUUGGAGAAUUACUGAUAUUUAAAUAAUAGUCGUAUAUAACUCGACUGUUACACGCCCCCCCCCACCAAGAAAAAAAUGGUUAUAAUCAUAAAGAAUAAGGUGAAUGUGGAAAUGACGAUUUUUGGGGCAUGAAGUCAAUGAUAUGUUGAUCUUUACAAAUGGCAUAGCCAAAGGCGAACUCCAGUGUGGGUCCUCAACCUUGAUUUACUUGUUUUGGUCUCACGAGUCGGGUUGUUGCAGGAAGACAACAGUGGAAACAUGAUUCAGAGUUGGGGAGAAGAGUUUGCCUCGAGGAAUUCCCAGCAAUAAUGUAUUUCCAGAGUCAUGGCUGACUAAAAAACUGAUAAUGACAAUCUAGAACAGCUGUUACAACCCACCUCGCAAGAUUUCAAAGGGAGACCUUUUCCUUCAACUUGUGAUCUUUAGAUCUACUUACGUAUCUAUCUAAAGAUCUGUUCCUAGCUUUUAUAGGAAUUGUUUCCAUGUUGUCUCAAACAAGCACUUCUUAGAUGGUCGCUGUUGCAGCCAUUGCAGAGAUCCACUGGAUUGAUUUCCAAACAAAAUCAGGGCUUGGGAGACUUUUGUGACACCUCUAAUUAUAACACAUAAAAUGAUGCAUGUUGGACAGUUCUUGCUCAGCAUUAAGAAAACAGAUGAGCGCGCACACACCGGACCUUUCACACCACUGCAGAAAUGGUGAGAUUAUGUUUGUACAUAGAGUAUAUCAGGAUUUUAGGCAAUCAUUUUGAAUUGGUUUUAAUGUUAUUUUACCAUGUGAGAUUUUAGUUGUACUGGCCGCCACAGCGUGCAGCUCGUCAAAGAUGCAAUACUGUUUUUAUGUAAGACUGUAACCCGCUAAGGCGACUUAAAAUACGUUUGGAAAUAACUUUUCGUUUUGAAAGCACACUUCGAUGCCUCCUAUCGGUAAACUUGAAUCCGAGAUGUUUGGUGUAAGACAUUGAUGCAGUCGAGAGUGCUGCCGUAUCGUUCUGUAUAUUCAGUUUCACGAGGGGAAGCGUUUGUGUUUUCGAGCCCUGAUGUGACGUUGCCUCAGUCUGGAGCGAGUGUGUAUAUUUGAAUGUGUGUGUGUGUGUGGGUUUCAGUGUGAUUGCGUCAGUGUGAGUAUCUACAUUGGUUUAAGAUUUUAAAGAAAAGACACUUUGACAAUAUGUGAAAAACCAUAACCUGUCUUUGAAUAAUGAUUUAACUUUUUUUUUUUUUUACUGUAUGCAAACAAGAGUAUUAUUAACGUUGUGACUCAAGUUAAGAAACUGGUUCAAGUUUAGUUUUCAAGUUUUUAAAAUUGCUGCUGUUUAAAUGUCAAGAUUGGGAAAAAAAGAAGAAAACCAGAGAUAUUUUUACCUUGCACCAAUAAAGCAUGUUUUAUUGAAACAGG